GUACCCGGGGGCGGGAGGCUGGACCGGGACGGCUCUAAAUUGGCUGGAGGGGCCAUCGGUGGCGAAGUUGCUAGCUGGGGUCGAGACGGCCACGCGGUUGCACGAAUUGGCCAACGGCUCCUUUCAACCCUGCCUCGUUGGUGGCCACUGGAGAAGCGCGGGGGGCUCCCCAGGCAGCCGUGGGGACAAGUUAGAGCCAGCGCUUUACCCCGGGCCUCGCGUGUAGCUUCCUGUCCCUCGUUCUAGGUGCCCCAGUGUCUGGAGGGAGGUGUGGGAGUGUGCCCUCCUUACAUGUUCUACCACCCCAGCCACCCUCUAGGGUCCUGUUCCACCUCGCUCUUGCUUCCUGCACAGUGGUCAAGAGGAACCACUUCAUAUCAUGUCCCGGUACAGCUACCAAAGUCUCCUGGACUGGCUCUAUGGGGGCGUGGACCCCAGUUUUGCAGGCAAUGGGGGCCCGGACUGUGCUGCCUUCCUCUCGUGGCAGCAGCGGCUGCUGGAAAGUGUGGUGGUCCUCACCCUGGCCCUGUUGGAGAUCCUGGUGGCUCUGCGGUUCAUCCUGAGGCAGACGAAGGAUGGUAGGGGUGGCCGUGGCAGCCAGCCACAGCAGGUGACCCAGCGGCCAGAGGAAGGCAAGGAGAGCCUGAGCAAGAAUCUGCUCUUAGUAGCCCUGUGCCUGACCUUCGGGGUGGAGGUGGGCUUUAAGUUCGCCACCAGGACCGUCAUCUACCUGCUCAACCCCUGUCACCUGGUCACCAUGAUGCAUAUCUUCCUCUUGGCCUGUCCUCCAUGUCGGGGAGCUAUCGUGGUCUUUAAGUUGCAAAUGCACAUGUUGAAUGGAGCUCUUCUGGCACUUCUGUUUCCUGUGGUAAAUACCCGGCUGCUCCCCUUUGAAUUGGAGGUCUACUACAUUCAGCAUGUCAUGCUCUACGUGGUGCCCAUCUACCUGCUUUGGAAAGGAGGUGCUUACACUCCAGAGCCCCUCUGCAAUUUCCGGUGGGCUCUUCUGUCAACUGGCCUCAUGUUCUUCUAUCACUUCAGCAUCCUGCAGAUCCUCGGCCUGGUCACCGAAGUGAAUUUGAACAACAUGCUGUGUCCGGCCAUCUCAGACCCAUUCUACGGCCCCUGGUAUCGCAUCUGGGCCUCGGGACACCAGACUCUCAUGACCAUGACCCACGGGAAGCUGGUCAUCCUGUUCUCAUACAUGGCUGGGCCCCUGUGUAAAUAUCUGCUGGAUUUGCUCCGGCUUCCAGCAAAGAAAAUAGACUGAAGGCUAGGAUUGCUCCGCACCGGGCCGACCCCUGGCUCCCCUCAUGCAGCGGCUCCCUUCAGAACCAGCCUUCCCAACGCCUCUAAUCAGCAGCAGGGCGAAGCUCUUCGUCAGGCUGGUUCCUGGGUGCUCUCUGCCCCCUCCCGCAGUCUUGCUCACCUCUUGGGGCGUUUUGUAAUGUGUUUUCUCGGUUUUGUAAAACCUUUUGAUUGUACUGAAAUGAUUUCUUCAGUCACCUUUGGGAAUAAAUGGUCCUUCAUUUGUGUACUCAGCGUUCAGAAUCUAAGUCUCAGGUGUUUCUGUUGUUGAAGAUCCCUGAAUAAAUAGGAACCUUCACCAUGGGAUUUAUUGUUACAAUGUUUUCUUCAUUUACUGUUAUUAAAAGAUUUAUGAGAA